AUGAAACUGUUCAAUUUGUAUAACCGCUGUCUAAGAACCCAUCCCAAGACUACAAAUGCUAUCAUGACUGGGACUUUAUUCGGAGUAGGGGAUAUUAGUGCCCAAAUACUAUUUGCCCCUACUGAACAACCAAAACAAGGUGAUGAGAUUGAGCAAAAGAAGAAGAACUUCGACUGGCAUAGAACUUCUAGAGCUGUUAUUUACGGGUCAAUGAUUUUCUCGUUCAUUGGAGACAAAUGGUACAAGAUUCUACAAAAUAACGUGAAGUUGCCACUACGGUUUCAACAUAACAAGAGCCUCUCCAUGCUUUACAAAGUGAGUGUUGAUCAAUUGGCAUUUGCACCCCUGGGGGUGCCCUUCUAUUUCAGUUGUAUGACGAUUAUGGAAGGUGGGACCAUGAAGGAUGUGGAGACAAAGAUCAAGACACAAUGGUGGAGGACACUAGUGACUAAUUGGUGUGUUUGGCCAUUGUUUCAAAUGGUUAAUUUCACUUGGGUGCCCUUACAACAUCGAUUAUUGGCAGUAAAUGUUGUAGCAAUCUUUUGGAACACUUAUUUGUCGUAUAUGAAUUCUCGAGUUCCUUUGGAAAAACAGUAUCCUGUGCAUUAUCCGCCCGUGGUGGAGUAA